AUGGAAGUGGCUUCUCCACCAUACCUCACUAAAGGAAGCACACAAACAAGCAAGCUAUUUGAAGUAUUAAAAGAGGUAAAAGAUGUCAAGGCUUCUGUAAAGAAGGGUUCUAGGGUCAUUUGCUACAGAUGUGGCGAGAGAGGUCACCUGCAGCUUAGUUGCCCACUAAAGAGUUCGCAUAUGUCUAGGCUAACGAGAAUAGAGGACCGUCUGGAGGAACUGACAAAGAAAUGUGGCGAACAGAGGUGUGUUGAUGGAAGACGCACCUUCCAAGACAGAGGCUCGGAAAUGCAUGAUAGCAAGAAGAAAGAUGAUGUCAUCGAACAAUGCAAUGAAGUUGUAAGGUUUAGAAAGAGUACUUCGACACCAUAUUUAGAACCAAAAGGCUUCAUAGUAAGGCGCACCAAGGUUACUACUUUGUGGCCCUGGGAAGAUGAGAUAGGUAAUGAAGAAAGCACAGGGGGAUGGCGAUUACCAACAUCAGCUCAUCGCGUGGAAAGCUCGAUGUGA